GGAAAAAAACAAUAGUUUCUCGCAGGCACGAUGGCUCUCCUAUUCCGAUUGAGCGUCCGAAGAGGCUUCAGCAAUGGAACUGCUCUCAGCAGCUCCGCAACGCCAGCCUCCCUCCUUCAACCCCAGCUCCUCCUUCCUGCCCUGUCCGCGUCCAAGCUCCCCUUCUCUUCCUCCUCGUCCUCCUCGGCCUCCUCCUCCUCAUCUCCCUCCUUCACCCUCUCUCGCAAAGAGGACUUCUGGGCCAAGAAUCGCCGUCUCAACAGGCCUGUGUCACCACAUCUCACCAUCUACAAGCCACAGGUUACUUCACUGCUGUCACUGAGUCACAGAGCAACUGGCCUGGCACUGUCUGCUGUGAUAUCCGGCUUUAGCAUUGGCAUGCUGGCUGUCCCUGGGUCAUACCCUCACUACUUGGAGCUGAUCCAGACCAUGGCCUUUGGACCUGUGAUCAUCUUUGGGGCCAAGUUCGUCCUUGCUCUCCCCUUCACAUAUCACCUCUGUAAUGGUGUGAGGCAUCUGGUUUGGGACCUCGGCUACGGCUUCACCCUCCGCACCCUCUACCAGACGGGCUAUGCGGUCGUAGGGAUCUCCCUGGCCCUGGCACUGGUCGCAGCUGCUCUCUGAAGGGGGGGGAAUGGAAGCACCGAGAAGAGAGAUUGGGGAGAAGGAGAGGGAGAAGGGUGGGACAGAUGCAGAUGGAUAGAAGGAAGAGGGAUACUAGAAAGAGGAAAAAGGGGAUAGAAAAAAAAGGAAAGAGGAAGAGAAAUAGGAAGGAAUUAGGUAGAAUAGGGGUUAAAGGAUUGGUAGAGAGGUAAAAGCGAAGGAAAGGGAGAAGAAUUAUUUACAAGAAAAAAAAUGAGAGAGUUGGAUAAAGGGCUAGGAAGUAGAGAAGAAAAAGAAGAGUGAAGGAAGUAGGAAUUUUAUCUUAUUUUUCUUCUGUUUCUCUCACAUCUCUAGUGUUUUAGAAAAACGAAGAGGAAAAAAAUGAUAAUAAUUUAAAUAAAAAAUUCUGUACAUAUGUUAUCAAAUAAAUAAUUACUUUAAUCUAU